ACAACAGCAAGAAAAGCAGCAACACAAUGCCCAAAUGCGAUGUGAAAACCCGUUACAUUCCGGCGACUUUCGCAUGGAUUGUGCUGCUACUUACGACAUUUCUCUUUUUCUUUUAUCCCUGCCAAUACUAUGUAAAGAGUCAUCCAUGGGUGCUGGCCUAUCAGGGCGUCAUCACGUUCUUUGUGCUGGCAAACUUUACGUUGGCCACAUUUAUGGAUCCGGGCAUUAUACCCAAAGCCUCGCCCGACGAAGACUGCGAGGAGGAGUUCCGCGCACCGCUCUACAAGAAUGCCGAGAUAAACGGCAUUACGGUUAAAAUGAAAUGGUGCGUUACAUGCAAGUUUUAUCGCCCGCCCCGCUGCUCCCACUGCUCAGUGUGCAAUCACUGCAUAGAGACAUUCGAUCAUCACUGUCCCUGGGUAAACAAUUGCAUUGGCAGGCGCAAUUAUAGGUUCUUCUUCUUCUUUCUCGUAUCACUCUCCAUCCACAUGCUGAGCAUCUUCUCGCUUUGCCUGUUCUACGUGCUCAAAAUCAUGCCCAACAUUAAACAGACGGCGCCCAUUGUCGCCAUGAUACUGAUGGGCCUUGUCACUGUACUGGCGAUACCGAUAUUCGGUUUAACGGGCUUCCACAUGGUGCUGGUAUCGCGGGGUCGCACCACCAACGAACAGGUGACUGGCAAGUUCAAGGGCGGCUACAAUCCGUUCUCGCGCGGCUGUUGGCACAACUGCUGUUACACUCAGUUUGGACCACAGUAUCCCAGUCUUCUGAAGCCGAAGAAGUACGCAUCGCGACGAUCUCAGACGCAAAAUCAAGCAAUAAGCACUAUAUGCAACGAUCGGACCAAUCAACAGACCAAUACCGGUAGCGGUAGCGGAGCCGGAGCCGGUGGCAAUGGCAGUACAGCCGGCGGCGUCGGCAGUGGAAUGCGCGGCACCUCGGUACAAUAUUCACCCCGCUCCUACUACGAGUCGAGUCGGGAGAAGCGUGGAAUUCAGGUAAAGACUUAUAUGGCCGAGGGCAAUGGUUAUAAUCAGCGGUCGGGCAGCACAACGCUUUAUAGUAAGCUGUCGCCGGGACGGGAGUGCUCCGAUACGGACCUUGAGCCGCCGCCUGCCUCACAGAGUCAAGACUGCGAGCCGACUCCGCCGCUGCAACGGCACAACUCGACCAACUUCUACCUGCCUCAGGUGAGCGACACCGCGCCCGGCAUCAAUAUGAGCACCAUGAACAAUGGCAAUAUUGCUAGUGGCGCAGGUGGUGUCCCCAACUCAUCGCAGACUGGCGGCGGUGGCGACUCACCGCGUCACCUGCGCAUCUAUCAUCCACGUCACAGUCCGCACGCGCGAACCAGGGGCCUGGAUCCGCAGCGCGGCUACACGAGCGAUGCGCUCUCGCCGGACCAACCGGGCGGUGGCUAUGUCGUUAAUGGUCAGCAGGGCAUAUCAGUAGCACAAAGCCAGCGCGGUGGUACCACAACAGCCACGCCUACCAUGCAACAACGAAUCAAGCCACUGGGCGUGGCCACGCCACUCGUCAUCGCCAGUCCAGUGAGAAGAUCCAAUCCGGGUACACCCACGCAGCCGCGACGUCCCGACUUUAUAGGCCUGAAUGCGCAGGCGGCACAGCAGCAACAACAACAACAGCAGCAGCAGCACCAGCAGCAGGCGGCUGCAGCGGCAGCUGCCUACUAUGAGUACACCAGCGGCCUGCCGCCGCAGCAUCCGCAGGCGCCAACGAUUCAACAUCAGCAACAGCUGUUGCUACAACAACAGCGUGUUAUGCUACAGCAUCAGCAACAGCAGCAGCAACAAGCGCUGCAGCAGCAGCAGCAAUCGCUAGCGCAGGCUGCCUAUGGCGGCAGCCCACAGCGUCGCUUUCUGUCUGAGGGCGAGCUGGUGCGACAGGGCGCUGGCGGGGAACUCUCCUAUGCGCGUUCCAACAACACGGUGGACAACAUACGCGAACUGGCUGGCAGUCCGCAGCGCGGCGUCUACAUGUGGAAGGACACCUCGCCCGGCUUUGGUGGUGGCGGCGGCCCGGCUGCUGCCAGUAUUGGCAGCAGUGCUGGCACACUGCCAAACAGCAGUAAUACGGCUGGCAUUAUGCAGCAUGCCCAGUACAUAACAGCCGGCGGUAGCACUCAUCCACUCAUCAUGACCCACUCACGGCUGCAGGACUAUGCCAACCAACAGCAACAGCAGCAGCAGCAGCAGCAGCAACAACAACAACAAGCAGCUGUUGCAGCCGCUGCUGCAGCGGCAGCAGCUGCCUCAUAUCAUCGCUCCAAUCCCACAAGCCCUACAACCAUGCCGCAAACAUCCGCUGCACAAAGCUACAUUCUGCGCUAUGGCGGCGGCGGUGGCGGCGGCGGUGGUGGUGGUGGUGGUGGUGGUGGUGUUGGUGCAGCUGCAGCUUCGGGUAGCAGCGGUAGCAUUGCCAAUGUGCCAGCUUCCAGCAAUGCCAGUUCCGGAUCUGGCGGCUAUCAGCCGCAGCUGCGCGGUGGCGUUCCAGUUUUUCCGCCAAAUCCGCUGGCCGGUAUUAAUGUGAGCAACGCAUCUAGUGCGCUUCAGCCGCAGCCAUCUCCGCAGAUCAAGCGUAAGCAGACGCCGACGAGGCCAAUGAGCUUUGUGCGCGCCCUGGAAAUGACCGACUCCAUGGAGAUGCAGACACUUGAGCAGCAACAAGCGGCAGUGGCGGCUGCAACCAUGGCGCGCAACAAUGGCGGUCUGCCCAGCGGCGUACCAACGAGCCUGGCACAACAGAAUGCGGCAGCUGCAGCCGCGGCCGCAGCUGUGGGACGUAAUGCGGCAGCGGCGGCAGCUGCGGCUGCGGCAAAUGCCAGUGGCACACCGGAUCGCGCGAGCAUCUACGAUAUGAACUACGAGAUCUCCGUAUAACCCGUGGUUGUGCCCGUCGUCGUAAUGCCACCCGCCUCAGCAACAGCAGCCAGCAGUGCAGUCGCCACGGCAACGGCGACGGCCGCCUUCUACGCGCAGCAACAACAACUGCAACGCGCCAUAUUAAGCAAUGGGGCAGAGCCGGCGGCGUACGCUUCGGUGCCCAUACCCAUGCCCGUGUCCGUGCUGGUCGCCAAGCACAGCAACGGGAGCAACCAGAGCCACCUCAACAUCAGCAAGACGCCAAACAAGCGCAAGUUCUCCACGUUCUUCUGAAGCUUCAGUCAGACAUAUAGCUAGAUAUAUACAUAUAUAUAUAUAUAUAUAUAUGUAUAUAUAUAUGUGUGUGUUUAUAUUUAUACACACGUAUUGGGAUAUCGCUUAGCAGCUCGGUUUUGCUCUUUUAUUUUUUUUACUUUUAACGUUUUGUUUUAUUUUUAUUCGGAUAUGAUUUUUUUUUAAUUAUUAUUUAUUCAUCUGUUUUUUUUUUAAUAGUUUAAAUAAGAAUUUUAAAGUUGAUAACACACUUCGGAAGAACUGUAAAUAGAGAAAACUAUUUUUAAGCGUUUAUUUUGUACGCGCUUUUAGUCUCCUACGCAUAAGACACGGCAAUUCUUAGUGUUUUCAUACUGUCGAAAUACCAUGAAAAACGAAACUUGGUAAACUUCAAUUGAAUUAAGAUACGACUCGGCACGCUUACAAUCGAGCAAAUACGAUUUUAGUUUAUCAAAUUGUUCACGAAAGUAUAUAUCUACUAUAUACGUUCGCAUAUAUUUAUAUAUAUAUACGUAUACAUAAAGAUAUAUAAAUAUUUGCAUUGCAAUCAAUUUGAAUAUAUAUUGACAGUCAGGUCAGAAAUAAAUUGUGGAGCUCGAUUAAGAGUUUGAUUACGAGUUUAAGUAGCUAUCUACAUAAUACCAUGUACUACUACUAUUGCAACUACACCUAAUGGAAAACGCCAAAAUUUGUAACCGAGUAUCGAAGAUAACUUAAUAUAUCUAUAUGCAUGUGCGAGUGUGCGAGUGUGCGAGUGUGCGUGUGUGUGACAAAGAGAGAGAGAGUGUGUGAGUUUAUGGGUGCAUGCGUUAUAUAUACAUGAACAUAUGUAUAUAGAGGUCGCUCGAAAAGUGACAAUCUUUCGGUUCCACAGCUCCUUUAAAAUACUUUAUUAAUUUAUUAAUAAUUGCAUUAAAUUAUAUGCCAAACACAAGACAAUUCCAAUUUACGAGCGACCCCUGCAAUAGUAUACAUAUGUGUAUAUAUAAUAUUUUGCAUUAGCUAAGUACGUGUAAAUUUUGCCAUAUAUAUGUAUGCUUGUAUGCGUAUAUAGGGAUGACAUAUAUGGUACAUAUAUAACUCAUGUAUGGGUAUUCGGUAAAAAUGGCGCUUCGAAAUUUAAACAGCUACCAAAAGGCCAGCAAGUCAAGUUGAAUCGAUCAGAAAAAAAAAAAAAAAACAAAAAAAUAGAGAGAGAUUUAUGUUGACCUGUGUUGUGUCUCUAAUAACGUCCACUUCUAAUUGUAUGAAUUUUGUACAUAAGUGUGUAUAUUUAUGUAUGUGUAAUGUGUAUUAUGUAUUUUAUGUUGAGGCCAAAUUGUUAUUUUGUUGUUCUUGUUGUUGUUGAUGCUAACUAGCCAUGUACAUACAAACAGAGACAACAGAGUAACAAAGUUUGGCCCGUGCUUAUGUAUAUUUAUAACUUUGUUGUUAUGUUUUUAAGUCCAAUUAGUGUUUAUUUUGUGCUCUGCCGCUUGUUAAUAAUCAAUCAAUCAAUCAUUUUGAAUGACUCUCCACACAAUCAAAACGCAAUCACAUUGAAGAAGGGCUUCUCGUCAUUGCUGGUCCAGUCCCUGCCCAGUUUAGCGAAAUAGAAUUGAAUUGAAAUCGAUUUGAACCCGAAUUGCUGUUAGUUUCGCAAGGAAGUUAACAAUACAAAAUGCAACAAAUAAAUAGAAUUAAUGUUUGUAAUAAAGCUAGCUAUAUUUAA